AUGGUCCGCCACAAAAAAGACAACUUCGCACGAGGAGGCAAGAAAUUCAACAAUAGCCCCCGCCCCCGAAUGCCCCGCGGUGAUGAAGAAGGUGAAGGCGCUACCUCCUCGAGGCCUCCUUAUAAGGCUGCCUGCUGGGAUAUGGGACACUGCGACCCUAAGAGAUGCUCAGGAAAGCGACUGAUGAAGCUUGGUUUGAUGCGGGAGCUUCACAUUGGCCAGCGGCACCCCGGCGUGAUUGUCUCUCCAAAUGCCAAGCGAAUCAUCUCUCCCGCAGACAAAGAUACAAUGGAACAGCACGGUGCAGCCGUGGUGGAAUGCUCUUGGGUGAGAGUCAAGGAAGUGCCCUGGUCGCGAAUCGGCGGAAAAUGUGAACGACUUCUCCCCUACCUUAUCGCCGCCAACACGGUUAACUACGGCAAACCAUGGCGCCUGAACUGCGUUGAAGCGCUCGCCGCUUGUUUCGCCAUCUGCCGUCGCCUGGAAUGGGCGGAAGAUCUCCUCAGACAUUUCAGCUAUGGACCGUCCUUCUUGGAAAUCAACAAAGAACUUCUGGCGCGCUAUGCCGCAUGCGAAACGGAAGAGGAUGUAAAGAGGACGGAAGAGGAAUGGCUAGCCAAGAUCGAACGCGAAUACGAAGACAACCGCGUCGAUGGAGGCGAUGAUAUCUGGACCAAAGGAAACACCAAUCGUUUGCCUGCACGAACUUCAGACGAUGAAAGCGGAGAUGAAGAUGACGAAGAUGAGGGCAGCGACGAAGAGGAAGAUGAAGAUAAGGACCCAUUCGCGAUUUCCGAUGACUCCGAAGAUGAAGAGCAAAUGGCUGAAAUCCGUCGCAAGAUUCUCAGUUCUAAAUCAUUCCAGAAUCCGGAAGAAGAAGAAAAGCAGCGUCCAGAGAAAAUUUCUCGGCCGGAGGAGCUGUAUGUCGACUCAGAUGCUGAGUCCGGCUCAGGAGGAAGCGAAGACGAGGCAUUCGACAAUAUCAUCAACGCGACGACGGUCACUGACCGCACGGGAAUCAAAGCGAUUCAGCAGCGGAAAGGAAAUGAAACUGUCUCUGCGUCGUUCUCUCGUGCGGAGAUUUCUGCCCCGAAGAAAUGGUGA